GUUGGCAGGGUGACCAGAUACAGCAUAAUUAUGCUAAAUUUGGCAUAAUUUUUUAAAAAAAUGAAUGUUUAGCAUAAUUUUUAGCAUAGUAUCAAAUCUAGCAUAAUUUUAGCAUAAUUUUGAGUUUUGUACAAUUUUCUUAACUUUUAUUACCAUCUAUGAGAGGAAUAAUAGAAUCUGUGACAGUUCACAUUUUUAAAAAAAAUCUUGAACGUUAAAGGCGGGUUACGUGCGGCCCGCGGCGCCGGGUAAAGUCAGUACUCAGUAUUCACUGGACUGUCCGGCCUGGUGGCCACGUCGCGCUCGGGAGACAGACUGACCAGCAGUGCCAGUCACAGUGCGGCUGCCGCGGCUCAGUGGAGAGGAUAGGCUGUAAUGGAGUCAGACCAAGAAAAACCCGUUUCUAAAAAGAAAAAACUAACUGAAAAAUCUUACAGUCAAGCAUUUCGUGAAGAAUGGCUCAAGUUACCAGAUUACAUGCCCUGGCUAAGAAAACUGGACAACAACAAAGCUCAGUGUAGUGUCUGUAAAACAUUUUUACAAAGUAAGAAAUCUGUGAUUGAUCUACAUGCAAAGGGAGACAAGCAUAAGCGCCUUAUGAAAGAAAAAAAUGAUCCCAAAGUAAUUCCCAUGACAAGUUUUGUGAAAGCAAAGAAAGAAAAUGAUGAUGAAAUUAUUAACCGUGCUGAAAUUAAACUCGCAGCAUGGGCUGCUGAACAUGAAAUUUCUUUCAGAGCAAUGGAUCACCUACCUGCUGUGUUAGCUUCUUCCUUUAGUGACUCAAAGACUGCAAGUAAGGUUAAGCUUAAAAGAACAAAAACAGCUUCUGUCAUCUAUAAUGUCAUAGGUCAAAGGUUUUUGGAAAAGAUGAAAAGCGAACUUAAUGAUGAGUCAGACAUGGGACAAACAAAAUUUUCAAUGAUCAUGGAUGAAAGUACUGAUCUGACAGCUGAGAAACAAUUAGCAAUAGUAGUGAAGUAUUUUUGUAAAACUGUUUUGUGUACAAGAUUGUUGGCUCUUGUUCCAGUGGCAGAAGGAGAUGCCAAGACUCUUUUUAGUGCAUUAGAAAAUGAAUUAACUGCCAGUGAUCUAAAAUUUGAGAAUUGUAUUGGUUGGAGUGCUGAUACUUGCAGCGUUAUGCACGGAACACAUGACAGUGUAAGUAGUCGACUCAGAAAUGCAAACAGCAACAUGAUUAUCAUGAAGUGCGCUUGUCACAGUGCAGCACUGGUGGCAUCAUAUGCAUGUGGAGUAUUACCACGUUCGUGUGAAAAGUUGGUACAUGAUGUAUACAACUUUUUUGCUCAUUCGUGUAAGCGUACUUCACACUUUCAUGAAUUUCAGGAUUUCACAAAUACUGACCCACAUAAGUUGCUAAAACCUUGCCAAACACGUUGGUUAAGCCUGAAGGAAUGCGUCUCCCGACUUCUUGAGCAAUGGGAUGCGCUUUUGCUUUUCAUGCAGCAUCAUGAUUUAGUAGAAAGGAAUCUACAGGCGCAUGAUAUUGCAAACAUUAUGGUGAAUCCUUUCACCAAGAUGUAUCUAGAGUUUCUGAACUUUGUUUUGCCUAAGAUUGUGAGUUUUAAUGUAAUGUUUCAGUCAUCCUCACCAAUGAUUCAUCUACUUCAUGAUUCUCUUGCAAAACUGUACUUAGACUUAUUGUCAUGUUAUGUGAAGCCAGCAUACUUGAAGCAGAGUAAGCAUGAUAUUUCCUUGAUUGACCCUGAGAGUGAGUUAGCUAUGGUACCAUUGGAAUCUGUGUAUGUUGGUACAAAUGUUAGCCGCUUGCUAACCACUGCAUCUCCCAAAGUCACAGUUGAAGCGAAAAGAGAGUUUCUCAACGUGUGCAGGAAAUUUCUUGUUAUUGCGUGCAAGCAGCUUAAGCAGCGCUUUAACUUUCAUGACCCAGUAUUGGUAGCAGCAAGUAAACUUAGCGUUGCAACUGUAAAGUCAGGAAACAUUGCCUCAUUUGUAGGGAACAUUAUGAUUCACUUUCCAGGCAUACUGAAAAAUGGAAAAGAACAGGAAGUUGAUGAUCAAUGGCGUAGCCUUCCUUAUGAUGAUAAUCUGACUGAUGAUAUGGAGUUUGAAGUCUUUUGGAAAGCAGUUAUGCAGGACACCAAGUACAAUGCUCUUAGUUAUUGCAUCAAAGCUAUUCUAACUAUUCCAGUGGCUAAUGCGGACUGUGAAAGAAUUUUCUCUGAGAUCCACCGAUUAAAAUCUCCAGUUCGCAAUAGACUGACUUCCUCUUCUCUCCUGAAGUAUGUGGCUGCUAGAGAAGGCAUCGGGAGAGAGAGUGAAAACUGUGAGAAGUUUGAACCAGACAAGUUGAUGCUUAAAAAAAUGAAUUCUAAAAUGUAUGAAAAAUAAGAAACUGUACGGUAAUAGGAAAAAUAGGAAAAGUAGGGUAUGAGAAACAGGAACUCAAUUUACACAUUACCUAAGUUAUAUUUAUUUUGUACAAGUUACAUGUAUAGGAAAAUUUUCAAAUUAUGUUGCACAAAAAUGUCAAAUAAACCUCGAAAUGUGA